GAUGAGCAUCGACACAGACUUCCUCACGAGUGUUGAGGUAAAGGAGGAUGAGCUACAUGGAAAUGUGCUCAUUGCAGUAACUCAAAUUGCACUCGGAAGGACCAUCGGUGUGAUUGAUAAGGCUACACCGAAUGAUUCGAAUGCUCUUCUCAUCUUGAACCUGAUUAAGGAAGCUGAUGACGGAGAAGAUGCCAAUAUUUGUAUGAGGCAGGAGGAUAGAAAGACUUUUCUACAAACCAGUAAGAUUAUCAAUAUUGGAGAGCGUCUUCUUCUACAAAGACUGUCCGAAGAGGAGUGUGAUGAGGAGGAUCAGGAUGAUCUUGAGAAUUUAAUUUUGUUAAAAGAUGAAGAUCGGCCGGACAGUACUCAAAGCUGCACAAAGAGCAGCAGUGAAGACAGCAAUCUAAACGGUUUCGAGGAGUAUAUUCGAGAACACGGCGAACUUGUACCUGGUCAAACGCCUCCCGACGGAUCACACAAGUGUGGAGUUUGUCCAAAGAGUUUUUCAAGUGCAAGCGGUCUCAAACAACACUCUCAUAUUCAUUGCUCCUUAAAGCCGUUUCGGUGUCAUUUGUGUCCAAAGUCCUACACACAAUUCUCAAAUCUGUGCAGGCACCGGAGAGUUCAUUCAGACGGUUGGACGUGCCCAACGUGUCAAAGUCAGAUGCCAUCACAAGCGGCACUAACGAAGCAUCGACCAGUUUGCGAGAUGACUGCACUCUACAAACCAUUGAUGGCGCAACUUGCCGGAUUGAGCGGAGCAGGUGGAUUAGGUUCCGUGCCAUAUUGGCCACAUAUACUUCAAAUGGCAACACAGGCACCACAUUUCCCGCUUGCUUUUCUUGCCGCCAAUCCAGAAGCGUACAAACUGAUGCAGCAGACGACGUGUGCAUCUCCAGAUGCCGAGUGUUCCAGUGGACAUGCCAGUGAAUCUUCACCAACUACAACUGAACCAGUCGACCUAACAGCUACACCAAAACCUCCUUCGACGUCUGAAAUGGAAACUACAUCAAAGUCCGACGAUGGAGAGGAUCGUGACAGCAUCGGAGACUCUGGGAAUGAUGAUGAUGAUGACUCAGAAGCUGGAGUUCUAGAUGAGUCGUCCACAACAACGUCAACGAAAAAGCGUCCGACAUCUCACACAAUUUCCGACAUACUCGCUGCUCCACAACUCGGUGCUCAGGCUUUGAAUUCGACGUUCCUUGGCAUGCUUCAGCGCUCGCUUAAUUAUAAUCCAGCAGUUCCAUCGCCUCACUCAUUUCUAAGAGCAAUGAGCGGAGCAAAAGCAUCAUCAUCACCAAGCUCGAGCAGUGGAAGUGGAAAGGAUAGGUACACGUGCAAGUUCUGUCAGAAAGUGUUCCCAAGAUCAGCGAAUUUGACAAGACAUUUAAGGACACAUACAGGAGAGCAGCCUUAUAAGUGUCAAUAUUGCGAGCGAAGCUUCUCAAUCUCCUCCAAUUUGCAACGCCACGUUAGAAACAUUCAUAAUAAGCCGAACACCUCGCUGACACCCCACAAUCAUCAUCGUCAACGAAGUCUGCACAAUUCAACCUCAACCUCCACUACUACUACUACCGUCCAUCAUCCUCUUCUUCAUCUUCCAGGAACGUCCGUUCCGGUGCCAAAAGUGUGAGCGCUGCUUCGGUCAGCAGACAAAUCUCGACAGACAUCUCAAAAAGCACGAACAGGCCGCUGAGCUUCUUCCAGAUAUUCCGCACCUCACGGCCGCAUUUAUGAAGAUUGUCUAGUCUAAAUUGUUCUAAUUUUUCUUUUUUGAAUAUUUUUUGGAAUCUGAUAGAUUUAAAUUUGAUAUUCCUAAUGGGAAUAUUAGGAAAGCGGAAAAUAUUGAUUAGCCGUAACAUUUUCAGAUUUCCAAAAAUAAUCACAUGUCCCCUCUAGAAACCAUUUAUUUUUUUUCUAGAAUUUUCCAAAACAAAACCGUUCCCUCUUCCCCGAUCUUCCUCCUGCGAUUCUUUCAACUAAACUUUUUUGUUUUGUUUGUCCCAGGCGCGAAAUUUUGCGCCAAAAAUACGGUACACGGUCUCGACACGGCAAAGUUUUAUUGAAUUAAAAGGUGUGCGCCUUUAAAGAUUACUGUAAGUUAAAACUUUUCUGUGGAAUUUUAAUUGAUUUUUAAAAAUAUAUUUUAUUUUUCAAUCACAAUUUUCAAUCGGAAAAAUAUGAGAAUUCUGAAUUACAGUACUCUUUAAAUAUCGAAAAUCUGUCGUUCCGAGGCCGGAAACCGUAUUUUUAAAGCGAAAACCGAAAAAUUUCGCGCCUGGAUAAUAUAUUUAAUGCUUACAUUCUAUUUUUCUGUCUUCAUUGAAAAUUCGAAACACAUUUCAUUUCUCUCAUUUCUUCAAACCAAUCGAUUGUUGACGGGAUUUUCCCCUUCUUUUAGAUGUUCCUUUAAAUGUACAUACCGUACCAGUGCUCUCUUUGAAAUAAACAAGAUGUUCUUUAUUUUGUGCCAAG